CAGCCAAUGGAAACUGCGGAUGGGCGUUGGCGCGCGGAGAGAGCGGCCAAUGGGAGAGCGGGGGGCGGAGCCCGGCGGUGAAGGCGCGGGAGGGUGCCCUGGAGGAUCCAGCUGUGCCCCCAGAUGUUGAGGGCCCCCAGAUGUGAUCGGGGAGGGGCCAGAUCCAGAUGUUGAGGAGCUGAAAAUGCCCAAAGUAUCCCAAAACCCCUCAGAGGCUCCAGAUGUGGCAGCAGAAACCCCAAAUCCAGAUGUGCUAUGGGCCAGAAAUGGGCACCGGACGCUGCAGGUGGACAGUGACACAGAUGUGGAGGAGGAGGGGCCAAGCCCAGAUGCUGGGCCACAGAAAUGGCUUAAAAUGACCCAAAAUGUGCCUGAAACUCCAGAUGUGAGGCUAAAAACCCCAAAUCCAGAUGUUCCAUGGCUUAAAAGUGGGCGUGGCACGCUGCUGGUGGAGAGCGACACAGAUGUGGAGCAGGAGGAGGCUGAUCCAGAAGUGGAGCCCCCAGAACGGCUGAAAAUUACCCAGAACGUCCCGGAAACUCCAGAUGUUGCAGGAAAGACCCCAAAUCCAGAUGUUGCAGGCCCAAAAAUACGACACAGGAUGGAGCUGGUGGACAGUGACACAGAUGUGGACGAGGAUCCAGAUGUGCAGCCCCAGAAAAGGCUUAAAGUGACCCAAAACGUGCCUGGAAUUCCAGAUGUGGAGGUGGAAACCCCAAGUCCAGCUGUGAGGGCGCCCAAAAUUGGACACUGGGUAAUCCUGAUGGACAGCGACACAGAUGUGGAGGAGGAGGAGAAUCCAGAUGUGCAGCCCCAAAAACAACUCAGAAUGCCCCAAAAUGUGUCCGAAACUCCAGAUGUGGCAGCAAAACGCCUGAAUCCAGAUGUUUCGGGCCCAAAACUCUGUUCUCAGAUGCUGCUGGUGGACAGUGAUACAGAUGUGGAAGACGAAGUGAAUCCAGAUGUGCAGCCCCCUAAAAGGCUCAAAGUGGCCCAAAACGUGCACAGAAAUCCAGAUGUGGAGGUGGCGACCCCAAAUCCAGCUGUGGAGAGCCCCAGAAUUGGCCUCCAGACACUGGUGGAGGACAGCGACACAGAUGUGGAGGACGAUCCAGAUGUGCAGCCCCCAAAAAGGCUCAGAAGGACUCAGCACUUGCCCAAAGCUCCAGCUGUGCGACGGGGGAUGCAAAAUCCAGAUGUUCCAGCCCCCACAAUCAGGAGCCAGAUGCUGCUGGUGGACAGCGACACAGAUGUGGAGGAGGAUCCAGAUGUGCAGCCCCUGAAACAGCUCAGAGCGACCCAAAACGUCCCUGAAACGCCAGAUGUGGCUGCGAAGCCCCCAAAUCCAGAUGUUUCAGGCCCUGAAAUCAGGUGCCAGGCAUUCCUGGUGGACAGUGACACAGAUGUGGAGGAGGAGGAGGAGGUGAGUCCAGAUGCUGAGACCCUCAAAAAGCUUGGAAUGACCCAAAAUGUGCUUGAAAGUCCAGAUGUGGUGGCACAGACCCCAAGCCCAGAUGUUGGAAUGACCCAAAAUGGGUAUCGGGCACUGCUGGUGGACAGUGACACAGAUGUGGAGGAGGAUGAGGUGAAUCCAGAUGUUCGUCAUUCAAAAAUAUGGAAAAUUCCUCAAAAUGUGCCCCAGACUCCAGAUGUGCCCCCACAGCCCCCAAAUCCAGCUGUGAAGAGGUCACGGAGGGGUCAUGGGGCGCUGCUGGAUGACAGCGACACAGAUGUGGACGAGGAGGCAAAGCCAGAUGUUGGAUCCUUAAAAAGAUUGAAACCAGCCCCAAACGUGCCUGAAACUCCAGAUGUGAGGCUGAAAAAUCCAGAUGUUGGGAGGCUCCAAGAGACCCAAACUGUGGCCGAGACGCCAGAUGCGGAGGGAGAGGAGGAAGGGUGGGAUCCAGAUGUGGCCACCCAGCUGUUCCUGCCCCCAAAUCCAGAUGUGGGGGAGGCCGAGGCGGACCCAGAUGUUGGGAGCCCAGAACGACUCAAAAUGACCCAGAAGCCCCCGGAAAUUCCAGAUGUGGAGGAGGAAGAGGAGUCAAAUCCAAGUGUGGCCACCCAGCUGUUCCUGCCCUCCCCUGAUGUCGCGAGCCCAAAACGACCCAAAAUGACCCAGAACCCUCCCAAAAUUCCAGAUGUGGAGGAGGAAACCCCAGAUCCAGAUGAGGGGGAAGAACAGGAGUCAGAUCCAGAUGUGGCCACCCAGCUGUUCCUGCCUUCUCCAGAUGUUGGGAGCCCAGAAGGCCCCAAAACGGCCCCAAAGGACCCCAAAGUUCCAGAUGUAGAGGGGCUGCCCUCUCUGGAUCCAGAUGUGGCCACACAGCUGUUCCUGCCCCCGCAUCCAGGUGUGGAGGACAGCCUAAAUCCAGAUGUUCUGGGUCCAAAACAAUCCAAAAUGGCCUCAAAUGACCCCAAGAUUCCCGCUGUGAGGGUGGAGACCCCAGAUCCAGAUGUGGAGGGGGAGGAGGACUUGGAUGUGGCCACCCAGCUGUUCCUGCCCCCUGAUCCAGAUGUGCAGGGGGAAGGACCCUCAGAACCAGGUGCUGGGUCCCCAAACCCACCCAAAAGUGCCCUAAACCUGCCCGACAUUCCAGAUGUGGACAUGGAGAGACCAAAUCCAGAUGUGGGGGAGUCACUGAGGGGCCACAGGACAUUGCUGGGGGAUGCUGAUCCAGAUGUGGGGAAGGUGGGCCCAAAUCCAGAUGUGGCAGCCUCAAAAAGACCCCAAACGGCCCCGGAAGUCCCUGAAAUUCCAGAUGUGGAGGUGGACACCCCAAGUCCAGAUGUGGACGGGCCGGGGAGCCCUGGCCUGAAUCCAGAUGUGGCCACCCAGCUGUUCCUGCCCCCUGCCCCAGAUGUGGAACCCCUGGAAAGACCCGAAAGGGCCCCGGACCAGCCCCAGGUUCCAGAUGUGGAGGAGGCGGCCCCAAAUCCAGAUGUGGAGGGUCCCCCAAGCCCCGCCCAGGAGGAAGCAGAAGCUCCGCCCACCCCACAGGUGCGGCGCAGUCGGCGAUUGGCCCUGAGUGGAGGGGGCGGAGCCUCGCGUGGCCCCGCCCCUACCAAGAACGGGCAUGCUCAAGGCUCCAAGCCACGCCCCUCACACAAGCCACGCCCCCAGAGGGGGCAGGACCAAUCAGCGGCAGUGCUUGAAGAGGCCACACCAUCAGUGCCCAUAAAAGGAAAUGGGCGGGGCUCAGUGGCAGCCCCGCCCCCAGAGGAGGAGGAGCCAACAGAGGGUGCCAAGCACAGGCUCCGCCCCCGGGCAGCACCAGGCUCCGCCCAGAUCCGGGUGCUGUUCACAGGCCUGGUGGCCUCCCCGGCACUGCGGGUGGCCCUGGGGACGCUGGGUGGCACCGAGGCCACGUCCGUGCACGACUGCAGCCACCUGGUGACCGAUGGCAUCCGCCGGACACUGAAGUUCCUGUGUGCCCUGGGCAGGGGCGUCCCCAUUGUCACCCCCCAGUGGCUGCUCGAGAGUUCCCACGGUGGCCGCCCGCUGUCCCCAGGUCCCUUCCUGCCCCGGGACCCCUCCUGUGAGCGGCGCUUCGGCUUCCGCCUGCGCCCGGCGCUGGCCCGGGCCCGAGAGCGGCCCCUGCUGCAGGGCUACCAGGUGCACGUCACCCCCAGUGUCCAGCCGUGCCCCGAGGACAUGCGGGACAUUGUCACCUGCUGUGGUGGCACCUUCCUGCCACAGCUGCCCCAGGAAUACGCGCCCCGUGUCCUGGUGAUCUCGUGUCCCCAGGACCGCUGGCUGUGGCCCCCGGCCGUGGCCGCGCGGCUCCCGCUGCUCUCGGCCGAGCUGCUGCUCUCGGGGGUGCUGCAGCAGCGCCUGGAGCUGGCGCCGUUCCUGCUGAGCCCCUGGCAGCCCCCCGAGCACACCCCUGAGCCCCCCCAAAACACCCCAAAUCCCACCCAAAACCAAAAAAAUCCCACCGAAAACCCCCCAAAUCCCAUCCAGAAUAGCCCGGAGCCCACCCAAAAUACAUCAAAUUCCACCCAGAGCAGCCCGGAGCCCACCCGAAACCAAAAAAAUCCCGCCCAAAAGCCCCCAAAUCCCACCCAAACCCAAAAAAAUCCCCCCCAAAAACCCACCCAAAAAACCCCAAAUCCCGCCCAGAAACGGAAAAAUCCCCCCCGAAAAACCUCAAAUCCUCCCCCAAAAACCCCAGAUCCCACCCCAAAAACCCCAAAUCCCCCCCAAAACCAAAAGAAUCCUCCCCAAAAAACCCCAAAUCGCCCCCAGAAACGCCCAAAUCCCACCCAAAAUCCCCCAAUCCCACCCCAAAGCCGGUCCCGGCCCCAUUCGGGGGGCUCCACCCCUCCCCCGAGCCCCCCCAGGACCCGGAGUGGGCGGAGACCCCCCCAAAUUACCCCCCGAAAACCCCCAAAUUCAGGGACUCCCCAAAAAACCCCAAAUCCACCCAAAAAAACCCCAAAUCCACCCCAAAAAGCCCCCAAACGGCCACGGGGUCACUCAGAGGGUCCCAACCCCGAUUUUGGGGUCCCAGACCCCCCACAGGAGCCCCCCAGGACCCGGAGCCGUCAGGGACCCCCCCAAAAUCCCCCUCGGGACCCCCCAAAUUCAGGGACAUCCAAAAAACCCCCAAAUCCACCCCCAAAAACCCCAAACCCGCCCCAAAAAACCCCCAAACAGCCCCGGGGUCCCCCUGCGGGUCCCAACCCCAAUUCUGGGGUCCCAAAUCCGCCCCUGGAGCCCCCCCGGACCCGGAGCGGGUGCAGACCCCCCCCAAAUGCAGGGAACGCCCAAAAAACCCCAAACCGGCCCCAAAAAGCCCCAAAUCCCACCCCAAAACGCACCCGGGGUCCCCCCGAGGGUCCCGCCCCCAAUUUUGGGGUCCCCGAGCCCCCCCCGAGCCCCCCCCGGACCCGGAGCCGCCGGGGGGCCCCAAUAAAGUGAAUUUGGGCAGCAGAA